AUGGCAGGAGACGCGUACGAUCAGGUGAAGGAGAUCUGCAUCUUUCUGCUCUCCGAGGCCGCGCUGCCGCCCGGCCAGGCGCUCGCCGUGUACGUGCAGUCGCCCGGCUCGCCCUUUGAGUACCGCGGCGCCGUCCACCUCGGAUGCCCCUCCGCCGUCCUCCCCCUCCUCUGGCCGGCCGCCGUCGCCCCUACCGGCGCCGUCCUGCCGGCCUUGCCGCCCGGCGGCGUCCCCCCGACGGCGCAGAUCGGCAUUUCCGUGGAGCCGAUUGCGUCGCUGCCGCUGCAGAACGUGGGGUGGCAGCGGCGGGUGGAGGAGAUGGCGCUGAAGCCGGCUGCUCCCCUGCAGCACUGUGGCAUCUGUGCUCCGCAAUGUGUCCGCCUGGCCGCUUCUCUCCCUUGUUCUGUACUGUGCCAUCCCCUCUUUUCCCGUGUGCAUGUGCCUCCCUUGCUUUCCCACACAUGCCAUGGCUUGCCACGAAUGCAUUUCUGCCUCUCCCCGCCCACCCAUGUUCUCCCUCCCACCUCCCACCCUCCUACCCCAGCCCGGCUGUCCCCACCAUCCCUCAACCCUGCGGUCGUCUCACUCUCUCACCUCUCAGCCCCAGACUGCCCUCCCCUCAUCCUACACUCCGCCCCACCAGCCCUCCCUGAAGUCUUGCUCAACCCUCCUCUGCUGCUGCCGUCCCUCCCCCAUGCACCCUCAUUGUCCCACUUCUGCCAUCAUUGCUCGCUCGUGUGUCUCCCCACCCACCCCACCACACCUGUGAGACGCGCGCUGUGCGGGCCGUGCUUCCAUGCCGCGUUCGUGCAACCACCCCGCUGCUGUUGCGCGCUUCACCAUCCACGUGCGCUCGUGACGGCGACGGCGCGUUGGAACGCCUCGCGCGUGUCCGCCGCUGCCCGGGUCACCCGCAGUCACCCGCCUGGCCGGGUGGCGGAUCGCGUCGCUGCGCGAAUGGCGUCCCGCCUGGCGGCGCGCGCCCGCCCGCCGUCCCCGCCACGGCCGUGGCUGCGGUGUCUCGCGGCGGCGCUGCUGCUGCUGCUGGUGGUGGUGGCGCGCACACCCCUGCGCGGACUGGCGGCGGGGCUGCCCGCGGUGUCCGUGGGCGGGGAGGCGGGCCCCGAGCACGUUCUGUCGCUGUACCGCGCGUGGGGGGACGCCUACGGGCUCUCCGCCGGCUCGCUGCUUCCGCCCUCCCCCCUCUCCCUUCCGCCCUCCCUCCUCCCCGCCCCUCAUCUCGAGGACUGCGCCGCGCUCACAGCGCUGCGCCAGCAGGCGGAGCAGCGGGGGGAAGGGGGGGAACUCCCCUCAUGGGCAGGGCCCUUAGACUCGUGCAACCCAUCGCCCCACCCCCCUUGGGUGCGCGGGACGGACGCGGCCAAUCUGGCGAUGACACGUGGCGUGCAGCGGGACAUUUGGGCCAGCCAGUUCCCGGGCGGCUCAUGUGCGGACAGGCGUCUGCUGGUGGUGUCGUGGCCACCGGACCACCGGCACGGGGUGGGGUCGCAGGUGCAUGUGAUGACGUCCUUCCUCAGCAUUGCCAUGCGCCACAAUCGCACGCUCGUGCCCGAUCCAUUGAACUACAACCGAGCGUACACAGACCAGUGCGCAGACAUGGAUAGGUCUGGCCAGUGGGAGUGCUACUUCUUCCCGCUGGUCUCCCCCGAGUGUGAGCGCGUGGUCAUGGACGCCAAGGAUGCGAACAGCGUGGUGUGGGGCAAGGAGAGCGUGGGUGCGCUGUGUGCAUCGCAGCACCGCGUGGUGGGCGUGCUGGGCAUGCCGUACCUCGAGCUCGAGCACGAGGCCACCAUUGCCCUGCGGUGGGGGCGGCCGCACUUGGGCCGCCCCAGCACGGUGUGGUUCCCCCCGGGCGCCGCAGUUAACGAUGACACGACCCCUCAGGUGCACUGGUGGCGGGCACAGGCGGUGCGCUUCAUGCUGAGGUGGCCAUCAGCCCAUCUCUGCCACGUCAUCAACCAACAGAGACACACCGCUUACGGCAUGCACGAUCAAGCAGCGGUGCAGGGGGGUGUGGAGGGAGUGGAGGGUGUGGGGGCUGUGGGGGCUGUGGGGGCUGUGGGCAGUGGUGGUGGGAGGCGGUGUGACGCGGUGGGAGGAGGUGGCAGCAGUGCUGCCGAGGCUGUCAGCAAGCUGGCUGGUGAGGUGGCACGUGAAGCAUACAUGGUGCGGCCGGUGGUGGCGGUGCAUGUGAGGGGCAGCGACAAGGAGGAGGAGAUGGGGCUGCUGGGGCUGCCAGUGUACAUGUACUAUGUGCACCAGCUCCGCCUGUUGCUGCCCGACCUACGGCACGCGUGGAUCAACACCGAGUCCCAGGCUGUGAUUGACAGCCUCGCCUCGUACCGCGAGUGGACGUUUCUCUACAGCAGCAACACACGGCAAUCCUCCUCUUCCAACAACACGAGGGAGUACGAUGACAAGCAGUCCGUGCCUGCCAGCUUUGCCAGCCUUCUCAUAGCGUCGCAGGCUGACGUGUUUAUCGGCACUCUGGGCUCCAAUUGGAGCCGGCUGAUGAAUGAGCUGCGCUCCACCAAUGGGCGGCUCUUCAACACGUUCAUUGCACUCAAUGAUGGGGAGUGGUGA